AGUUUGCGGCCGGCCGCUACAGGCCGGCUGUUCGAGUUCCCAGAGUUCCUAUUGGGUCAACACGGAGGCUCCAAGAUGGCGGCAGCGGCAACCUGCGGCACAGGCGCUGGGAGUACUGCUUCUGUGGCAUCGGCUGCCAGCAAGAGCAAAGUCACCAGUUUCCAGAGGAGGGGUCCUAGAGCCAGCGGGACCGACAGCGGCGGCCUUCGACUGGUGUCCAUUGCGGGCACGCGACCGUCGGUGCGGAAUGGACAGCUGCUGGUGUCAACCGGGCUUCCAGCCCUGGACCAGCUCUUAGGUGGAGGUUUAGCUGUUGGAACAGUUCUUCUAAUUGAAGAGGAUAAAUACAAUAUUUAUUCACCUUUGCUCUUCAAGUACUUCCUGGCAGAGGGAAUCAUUAGUGGGCAUACACUGUUGGUUGCAUCUGCAAAAGAAGACCCUGCUGACAUUUUACAGGAACUUCCAGCACCAUUACUUGAUGAUAAUUGUAAAAAAGAACUUGAUGAAGAUGUAUGUAAUCAUAAAACACCAGAAUCUAAUGUUAAGAUGAAAAUAGCUUGGCGUUACCAGUUGUUACCCAAGAUGGAGAUUGGACCAGUAUCAUCUUCAAGAUUUGGUCACUAUUAUGAUAUAUCAAAAAGGAUACCACAAGAACUAAUUGAAGCUUCAAAUUGGCAUGGAUUUUUUCUUCCAGAAAAAAGAUCUUCACCUCUUAAAGUAGAAUCUUGUUCUUUGACCCAUGGCUACCUAAAGCUGCUUCAGUUUAUCCAGAACAUCAUUUAUGAGGAAGGAUUUGAUGGAUCCAAUCCUCAGAAAAAAAAGAAAAAUAUUUUAAGAAUAGGAAUUCAGAAUCUUGGCUCACCUUUAUGGGGAGAUGACAUUUGCUGUACAGAAAACUGUGACAACAGUCACAGCCUUACCAAGUUCCUCUAUCUUCUCCGUGGUCUUCUGCGAACCUCUCUUUCAGCCUGUAUCAUCACAAUGCCAACACAUCUAAUUCAGAAUAAAGCAAUUAUUGCUCGCGUUACAAACUUGUCAGAUACAGUAGUUGGUCUGGAAUCAUUUAUUGGCUCUGAGAGAGAAACCAACCCUUUAUAUAAAGAUUAUCAUGGUUUGAUUCAUAUACGGCAGAUUCCUCGGCUUAAUAACUUGAUUUGUGAUGAAUCAGAUGUCAAAGACUUAGCUUUUAAAUUAAAAAGGAAGCUAUUCACCAUUGAGCGACUGCAUUUGCCUCCAGACUUGUCAGACACGGUGAGCCGCUCAAGCAAACAGGAUCUGGCAGAAUCCGCCAAGCUGCUGGGCCCAGGCUGUGGCAUGAUGGCCGGAGGCAAGAAGCACCUGGAUUUCUAGGGAUUCCUCCUUAGUCGUUGCAUGCAGAAUUAUAUGACACUCUAAUUAUGAUUGCUAAUAGCUUAUGUAAAUAUUUUUCUUAACAAUUUGACCCUCCAAUCCUUGAAAAACACAGGAUUGAAAAAUGGGGCCACCAUUCUUCAUUUUUUAACCCACUUUUUAUACAGAAAUAGUACAGCAGAAAUACUUUUAUUUUAAAAUUUUGUAUGAUGGCAUAUUUGAAGAAAAUAAUUUUAUUUUUAAAUAAAUGCAAAAAAAGGGUCAAAAUCUCCAGAUGCAUUACAGUGAUCAUUACGUGUACUAAGGCACUUAGUAUCACGGGUACAUGUUAGAGCAGGUAGCAUAUAAAACAUUGUGAAAUUCAAAGCUGUAUAUGAAAGUAUAUUUUCUCUUUAUUUCAGAAAAAGUCACUUGCCACCAAAAAUGCUAAAGUUUUUUUUAAAUGAAAAUGUGUUUGCUAAUACAUAAAAUAAAUUUGCAUUUAUGUAUACUGUUAUUAAAUUGAUGAAGACAAAAUAUUUUGGGAUUUAGAUUCUAUUAAAGAUAAUUAAUCUGCCAUAAUAGUUAAUAAAUAUAAUGAACUUGAGUUAUAGAAAGAAUAGAAAAAAGAAGUUGAUGGUUUUCAGUUUAGUAAUCCUAAACAAUUGAAGUCAGCACGAUGAAAUUAUGUCAACAGACGUAAUUCAGGAUUGAAAUUCAAACUGACAGCUACAUUAAUGCUAGGAUACCAGGGGAAAAACAUAUACUGAAGCGUGGUGAGAGAUAUUUACAGAACAUAGGUCUGAGACAAAGUAGAAAAAUGAAACUAACUCAGAUUUCCAUUGUAUCACGUAAACCUUUUGUUAAUUAUGAACAUUGGUUGGGUAUGGAAAUGUCUAGCCAUAUAAACAUGUGUUUUGGGGUGUAUAGCAUACUGAACCAGUUUUCAUAUGACACACCAGAUUUUUAAAUCAUAGUUCCAUAUUCUCAAAGCUUUUAACAAAUAAUAGAUAAAAAGUGAAAGUUAAAAAGU